AUGGAUGAUUUAGCGCACCCUGGAACGUUACCUGAAUUGCGUGAACUCAAUCUAGACUAUGUACAUAACUUGUCGAGCAACUCGAAAAGUUUCCAACAUAUUCUACAGAAAAGGCACCUUAUCAAAUUGGAAGUUCGUCACUGUAACGGGAUAUCGAAUGCUGAUCUCAUCAAAGUUCCUGAUUUCUUAGUUAAUUUGCAAGUGUUGAAUUUAUCCGAGAUUAAGUAUCUCAAUGACGUUGUGAUGAAAUCGAUCUCUUUUUUGAAAAGACUAGUCGAAUUAUUUGUUGCUUUUACUUCUGUAUCGGACGGAGGCAUUCAUAGUCUCGUGGAAAACUGUUCAACCCUCAGACUUCUUGAUAUCCGCGGUUGCCCACGAAUAACUGGCCAGAGCUUGUUUACACUUUCUGCAAUGAAAAGCCUCCGGGAGGUAUGGAUUUUACAGUUCAUGGCUGGCUGCGCCGAUGCACGAAAAGCUUUGGAAGAAGCCGGCUCGUCGUUUUUAGUUCUCGACGAGGUUGAUCGUCAAAAAAUGGCUAUUCCACAACCUAUGGACUUCUAUAGCAUAUACUUCAAUAAUAUCCUUGCAAAUCGCACUGGUAAUGAUGCCUGA